AUGACCGUCGCCGAUUUCACAAAGAAGAAAGACCAAUCCAAAGAUGCCAAACCAUAUGCUUUUGGCUUGUCUGGACUAUCUAUUUGUCUGCCAGCAACUUCUCGAAGACCGAAGGUUAUUUUGCAAAUCAGACCAAGGACUGGUACCGCUCAUUGUGUGGGCCAUAUCAUCCUAGGAUUUAAUGUUCUGAUACGCUCUCGGUAACACGGGGAUUUAUUGUUUGGGAACUCCUCGCUUACAGCUGAAGCCGUCAUUUACUGGUGAUAAUGCCAGCUGCGAUGUGAUGCUAGAUGAUUCUCAUGCUCUCCUUCUUCACAAAAGUAUGAAAGUUGUGUUAGUGAGAUGUCCCGGCGACAUCAACGGGGAGCUUGAACUUAAAAUGCAAGACCGCCACAUUCUUAGCGGAUUUGGAAGCCGUGUUAUACGUCACUGGCUCAACGAAUCCUGUGGCGAUCCAGAUGACAGUCCAAAAUAUCAGGAUUUGAUUGAGUACGUGUUAGAUCUUGCUAUCUUCAAAAAGCGCCGAAUUAAGCGUCGUUGGGAUAGGAAUAACGUUUCUGCAGAAUGCGCCUUCUAUUCUUUGGAUCACCUGCAUGUAGCUUCUGCUGCUGAAGCGAUAUUUCGUCGCCAAACGUCGAUCAUCAACGAUAUACAACUAAAAUAA